CACACUUACACAGUAUAGGACAAAACCCUCCCAAAAAAACAAAACAUGAGGCUUGAGCGUUGGUUUCAACGAGGAACUCCAACGUUAGAUUGUGUUGUGUCGUGUGUAUCUAUCUAUCUGGUUUCACACUCACUUUGUCUGAAUAACAACCAAACCUAACGCAGUUACUCUCUUCUUCCAAAUUCGAUUUGAUUUUUCGUUCGAUCAAAUUCAAAGGUUUUAUCUUGCACCCUUCAAGUUUCAUUUCUGACCGCUGCCAAUGCAGAAAAGUGCAGGAAGUAUUACAGGCCACUUGCUUGGAGGUUUAUAUUGUUGUCUAAGAAGAUGCAUCUUUGCCGUUUUAUCAGCCGGCCCUUUGCCGAAUCAUAUUGCUUUCAUCAUGGAUGGGAAUCGAAGGUACGCAAGGAGGAGAAACUUGGGAGAAGGGGAUGGUCAUAAGGCUGGAUUUUCAGCUCUCUUGUCCGUCCUUAGAUACUGUUAUGAAUUGGGAAUUAAGUAUGUAACCGUUUAUGCAUUCAGCAUUGAUAACUUCAGAAGGAAGCCUAAAGAGGUUCAAACAUUCAUGGAAUUGAUGCGGGAAAAGAUCGAGGAGUUGCUUCAACAGGAAAGCAUUAUUAAUGAAUACGGUGUUAGAUUACAUUUCAUUGGAAACAUGCAACUAUUGACCGAACCUGUCAGGAUUGCUGCAGAAAGGGCUAUGAGAGUUACGGCCCACAACCAAGAGAGAGUUCUUUUAAUUUGUGUGGCCUAUACUUCUCGUGAUGAGAUUGUGCAUGCUGUUCAAGAAUCUUGCAAGGAUAAAUGGAACGAAAUUCAACCAUCCAAGUCAGAUAAAGUUUCCAAUGGUGAAAUUACAAGAAUUAACCAGGGCCCAAAAAGAAAUGGUCUUAAUUUUCAUUUUCACGAUCCAUGUAAAGAAAACGGAACCAAAGCUUGUAGUAAUCUACAUGAAGAAGGGGAAGGUGCUGGAGAGAAAGAUGCUUUGUUUGAGCAAAACAUUGAGAAAAGUAGCGAUAAUUGCAGUGAAGGUGAAAUCACAUCAUGUAACGGGAUCGUUGAAAUAACUGAAGAGCAAAAGUACAAGCAGGGUGAGAUUGCUUCUAUAAAACUAGUUGAUAUUGAGAAGCACAUGUAUAUGACAGUGGCACCUGACCCAGAUAUCUUGAUCAGAACUUCUGGAGAGGCACGUCUUAGUAAUUUUCUUCUUUGGCAGACUAGUGCAUGCCCUUUGUAUGCACCAAAAGUACUUUGGCCUGAAAUUGGUCUGAGACACUUGGUGUGGGCAGUAUUGAACUUUCAGAGACACCAUUUUUACUUGGAAAAGAAAAAGAAACAGUUUUGAUUUGUAACCAUAAUCUGUCAUAAUUCAGAGUAUAAUUUAUGUGAUGAUAGUUUGUUUUUCUA